AUGGCAAUCACCUCGACCACUGUUCAUGUGAGCAGCAUCCCGGAGCCUGCCCAGGCCACCUGCACUGGGCAGAAAGGGGAGCAGGCUGCCGACGCCGCAUCGUCAGGUUCCUGGGCCGCCAUGCCGCAGAAGGGGCAGCUCGCGCUCAUCACCUCGGCGCGGCUCGUCGAGAUGGUCGCGAGCGGCAGCCAGCAGAGCUUCAUCAUCUUCCAGCUGCGCUCCUUCGCGGCUACCGACGGGUCCCUGCCCGACACUGCGACCGUCGCGCUGCAGCUCUCGCUCCUCCGCGCCGCCGGCGCCAUCCCGCAGCUCUUCACCUCGACGCUGUGGGGUAUGCUGGCCGACCACCCUCGCAUCGGGCGACGCGCCGUCAUUGUUCUGGGGCUCGUGCUUUCUGGGAUUGGGAGCUUCGGGCUGGGGUUUACACACAGCUUCGCGGGCGCUGUCGUGUGGCGCCUGAUUGUGGGCAUGGCAGGCGGGAAGGGGGCGGCUAUGCGCAGCACGAUCCGCGAGAUCAGCGGCGAGCGGUUCGAGUCUCGCGGCGUGCUGCUACUGCCCGCGGCGUUCAACCUCGGGUCCAUCAUUGGGCCGAUCCUCGGAGGACUGCUUGCGGAUGGAGCGGUGGGAGGUACGACUCAUACGGGAGGGUGGUUUGCGGCGUGUCCCUUUUUGUUGCCAAAUGCGGUCAAUGGCUUCUUGAAGCUGGGCAUCGCGGCGCUGAUUGCGUUUCGCCUCAAGGAGACGCAUCCUGCUGCAGGGAAGAAGGGCAAAAAGAAGAAAAGCAUAUCAAUUCUCCCGUUAUGGGUGCGCGAGUUAUACACACAGUACCUCCAGAAGAGGCAAGCUCGGUACGAGCCGCUCGCGAAUCAGGAAUACGAGCUGAACGAGCAGGAAGAAGGCCAGCGUCUUGUGUCGGUUGCCGAGGAAAAGCAGCAGCCUGUUAGUAUCUGGACGAUGCGGCUGAUACUGACCCUCGCGGCAAGGGCACUGGUCUCGAUGCACCUCUUUUCCUACCCGUCACUUCUACUCGUCUUUGCAUCCACGCCACGCUUCGACUCCUCCCAAGAUUUCAUCUCGAGCUCGGACAACUCUUCCACGUCAGCCGUCCGCUCUACAUCCAACUCGACGUACGUCGAAGUGCCGCCAGACUACCACCCCCACGGACCCUUUGUCUUCACUGGCGGCCUCGCCUUUCGCCCGCGCGACAUUGCCACCGUCUUCGCCAUCCGCGGCGUCGUCGGCGCCCUGCUCCAGCUCAUCUUCUUCCCCAAGCUGCGCGACAUGUUCGGCACCCUGCGCCUCUACCGCUACGCCCUCGUCAUCUUCCCCGUCGCCUACGCUCUGCACCCGUACCUGACCGCCCUGCCAUCUGCGACCUUCGCCCCGCUACCAUCCAGCGGCGUGACCCUCUGGGCAGUGGUCGUCGCCAUCCUCGUCGUGCAGUCGACAGCGCGGUCGAUGGUGCUCCCGGCAGGCGCAAUGAUGCUCAACGCCGCGUGCCCGGACCGCGCGGUGCUGGCCACCGUCAAUGGGAUUGGCGCGAGCGUGGGGGCGGCAGCGCGCGGGAUGGGUCACCUCGUCAUGACGGGUUGGCUGUACGGCGUCGGGCUUGGGGCCGGCGUCGUUGGAUUGGCAUGGUGGGCAAUGGCUGGUGUCGCGGUGGCAGCGGUGGUGGCAGCCGCGUGCGUGCCGGACGGGCCUGGCAGCGGAGCCCUGGACAACGAUGCCGAAUAG